AAAGUUUCCAGAUAUCAUCCCACGAAAAACAAACCAACGGUAUAACAACCAGAAAUUAUGACCGUGACAAACCGGAAGAAACGGAACGAUAUCCGUAGCCCGUGUCUGUUAGUAGCGUGCAAUUUGAUUAACAAGCAAAACGUCUCGGAGCAAAAUUUUUCUACAUCGCCAGAUUCGUGCUAGUAUGUCCCCAGUAUAUUUUUAUUAUAUUAUGUUAUUUUAUAUCUCCCAAGGUUAAGUAAAAAGAGAUGUAUAGUCAGAAAUAAAUCAAAUAACGAAAACCAUUUUUUUGAAUUGGAAACUUAAAAACCAAAACAAAAAUAUAAACAUUCCUAAAAAGUUUUAUAUUUUCAGUAUACGUCAUCAUAAACGUAGGUAUGUAAAUAAUUAAUUUAAUAACCAACUAUAAAUUACACGUCUUUAUCGUUAAUAAAUACUAUCUUAUAAUUUAUUUGAGAGUACCUAUUUUAUUUUAUUUGUUUUUUAAACAUUUUUCUUCUUACACAUAAUAAUAUUUUUGCACUGCGAUGGAUAUUGAAUUCGAGUAUAUUCUCGAUUCAUGGACUAAUAUAAUAUUAUACAAAAAUAGUAUAUAUAUAUAUAUAUAUAUAUUGAUUAUACGGUACUAUUGUAUCACUUUAUUAAUAAUAAUUUGUUUUUAUUUAUUUUUUAGCACCAACCUUUUUUAUGAAGAUCGUAGUCCCAUGACACUACCAACACCAGACGAUUCUACUGCUUCCUGGUUAGAUGUAAGCAAAUACGCAGUAUUAAUAUGUUUUUCAUUUAAUUUAAUCAUUCUAUAGUUUUGGAUUUCUUGUAGGCAGACGACAGUUAUCAAGUUGCUGAUUUUUUUGAAGAAUCAUCGCGUAUACUUCACGACGAAGAUGACUUUUCUGAUGCAUUUCAUGACCGGUUGCGUUUUGAAUAUGAACAAUGGAAGAAAAUUCCACACUUAAGGUCGUUAUUUUUUAUACUACCAAUUUUUAUCAAAGUUCUUUUUCACUAAAGUUCUUAAAAAAAUCAAUUAAAUACAUGGUUUCUUAUACAUAUAGUUUUUUUUAUAAAUAUUGCUAAAUAUGCACGAUUUUGAAGUCUCAUCAAUAACGAUUACCGUUAAUUUAUGAGCAAAAUAAAGUGGUUGGUUAUUAUUAUUAUAUUGGUACUUAUUUUGGGGUAGACUAACGUAGAUUUAUGCAUCAAUACUCAAGGAUUAAUUGUUAUAUUUAGUCAAUAGCUAUUUUUAACAGUUUUAAUGUGUUAAACGAAUUUUCUGAGACAAGAAAAACACGUUUCCACCACGUUAUCUAUCUACCUAUAUGUUUAUUGUUUAGAUUGAUGCCAUUAAAAAAGUUGAAUAUCUACAGCGGAUUUUUGUUUUAUAUUCAAUUUAUUUUAUACUUUUAUCUAUAUAUUUCAAUAAAACCCUAGUAUAUUGGUGUUCAUAAACAGUGACGUAUAUAACGGUCGUUUAGCCAGCAAAUGCCGACGGGGCCCCCUCCUAAAUUGGGUACUGAAGCCCACCUAAAUUAGGUAUAAAGUUGAUUUUUUUUCUAAAUUUUACCAUAAAAAAAAAAAAAAAAAACAAUUAUAUUGCAAAAUGGAAUAUAAUUUGCCAUUAUUUUAAUAAUCAAAUAAUUUAAAUAUAUAGGAAUACUUCAAAAGUAGAAAAUGUUAUAUUUAAACAAAGUAGAAAAGAUGGAACAAAUAAUUUAUAUUCACUACCAUUGAUCACAAAUAAUAUUAUUUAUAAUUUUAAUAGAGGCUACUGCAAUAAUGAGUAUUAACCUCUAUGUACGAAUGUAUGAUUUUAUAAUCAAUUUCUCCGCAUCGGGUUUCUUCACACACAAUACAAACUAAAAUACACCAACAGUCAAUAAAUAAUAUAUUAAUAGUUAUUUUACAUUUAUCAUUAAACAUUCAUUGUCUGAUAUGUUGCCCCAAAUGGAAACUCAUUUGAAAUAUUUUUAACAUUAUCCAUUGGAAGUUCAAGUGCUUAAAAAGCUACGAGUGUACUAAGAAGAUUAAAAAAUUAUCUUCGUUCAACUGUGAUUCAAAAUCGAACAACCAAUUUAGCCUUACUUCCCAUAGAGUAUGAACCAAUGUACAACUUCUCGAUAUGAACAAUCUUAUCAACAAUUUUUCCAAGGCUAUAGCUUUAGCUCGCAGUGAUUCUCAACUAUAAUUUAAUAAUUUUAUUUUAAAUACUAACAAUUUAUUUUGUAAAAUUGGUGUAAUUUUUUUUUAACAUGAAGAUUUGUUAUAAUAUAAAAUGAAUAUAGGUUGAUUAUUAUUUAUCGCGAUCGAAGCGAGCGUUUUUGUAAAUCUGAAGGAAGUAUUUUACUGAUAAAUUUUGUACAAGGUCCCUUUUAUGGAUUUUCCGACUUUAUUUGAAACCUUAAAUCCGUCACUGUUCGUAAAAAUAUAAAUAUGUGUUUUUAUGUCACAAUAUAAAGGUAAAUAUAUAUAGGUAGGUAGUUAUUUUGUGAAACUAUAAUAGUUUAUAUACUCUGCUAAAUGGACAUUAUAUUAUAAACGAUACUAUAAAGGCUAAACCAUGAGACUAUAGAAUAUAACCGAGGUAGUAGAUAAAUGAGAAAAACUAGCAAUUUUAUACAUAAUUUUUGUUGAUUUCUGGGAUUAUUUUGACAACAACGGAAAAAUUACGUCAGAUAAUGUUAUUCUCAGAAUCAUUUUUCAUUGACAAUAGUUUAUCGUUAUGUAUACGGAUAUAAAUAACAAUUACUCUUCAUAUCUGCCCUUCCAAUGUUCCCCCCAAAACAGAGGCUCACCUAUCUAAGCUUUUUGUAUGUUCAUACAUUUAUAAAUUAAAAUAUAACUACUUCUUUUCGGCUCAUUUUCAUAAUAAAGUUUUUAUGCAAUUCAUAUUUUUUUUCCGCAAUAGAUUACAUAAUGUUCAUUAAUAGUAAUUUGAUUAAAAUGUUAUUCAAAAGUAUACGAGUAUAUAUAAAAAAAAAAAAAUUUUCUUUUUAAAUCCUAAAUUUUGAAUGUAAUCCCGGAAUUGGUUCCAAUAAAUUUCGAAAUCACAGUAUUGUUAAAGUGGUUCGAGAUUAUAAUAUACUCUACUUGUAUAUCUCUACAUAUAACCAAUACCUAACCUAACCAAUGCUCAAAUUGGAAAAAUAAAAAAAGCUUUUCACACACUCUAUACUAAUUUUUAAGUAUAAUUCAGUAAUAAUUAAUCUCUGAAAACAAACAUUAAUAAUAAUACUACUGCAAGCUAACUUUUUGCUUGCAUAAUACAUAUUUCUUUUAGAUUUUACAAUAAUGAUUACUAUAAUUCUAUCAAGACAUGUUCUUUUGUUUUUUUUUCUGUAUGCCAACAACUUUUAUACCAGAAUUCUUUUUCUGAUUAACUUAGAGGUGAGGAUUUCUAUAAAAAAAUAUUUUUGAUGCCAUGAGGAAGUUAUUUUUUUAUUUCCUUUGUAGAACUCUUAACUAUGUAGAAAACCCCAGAAAAAACAUCUGGACAAUUUUUAACUGUUGCAUUUACACAGAAACGGUUUCUGGUACAUUCCAUUUUGUUUAUUCGUUAAAUAAUAAUCGCAGAGGUCGGCGACUUCACUGAACACUUAUUUAGGUAUAGUCUCAUACAUACAGUUCUUUCCAGACAUGGUACAAUUUUCAAAACAUUCUAGUAAUUUUUCAGUUAUUUAUUGCCAUUUGAAAUUUUCAAGGUUUUUUAUGAUUUUAUUUGGUUUUAUGUAAUUAAAAUUGUCUUGGCCAAGCGAAAAUGCUCGAAAAUUUAACAUAAGGUUCAUUAUGAGUUGUAAUUUGUGGAGGGAAAAGUUCAGUAUAAUACAAAGAUUUUUAUCUUUUUUGUAAACAUUUAAAGUUAAAAUUUUAAUGAAAAUGCAUAAAAAUACCAAAUAUGUACCGUCCAAUCAGUAGCGAAUCCAAGAGUUAUUUAAUAUAGGUGGUGAAUUUUACUCAAUAUAUAUAUAUUUAUAUAUAUAUAUAUAUAUAUAUUAUAUAAACAAUUAUAGAAUGUAAGAAUUGCGAUCGCCCUUUCGCCCUCCCUUAUAUCCACCAAUGUGUUCCAAGUUAAGUUUUCAAAACAUAAACUUUAAUUUGUACAGCUAAUUUCCAUAGACAUUUAGUCGAGUUAAUGUGUAGAAAACAAAUAAACCUUUUCUAAAUUCAAAAUUUAAUUGUAAUUUGAUAUUUUUGGAACUGCAAUUUACUGUGAUUGUUUGAUUUAGUUUAUUUUUAUAUAAAUUAAAAAUAUAUAAAUAUAUUUUGCUACAUAUCAAAUACUUUUAAUGUUGUUUUUUGUAGAAAAAAAAUUACUUUAACAUAGUUUUAACUUAACAAGCUCAAUUUGUUUUUUGGUACCUUUCAACUUUAAAUCGAAGGCUUUUAUGUUUAUCUAAUUCAACUUAAUCGAGUUGAUUAUUAUUUUCAUUAACCUACCCAAAUUCGCACUUGAAAUUUGACUAUUUCAUUUCAAAUAUUUAGACACGAUACCAUUUAAUUUAAACAAAGACAUCAAAUCACUAUCAUUAAGAAUGACACACAAUUAAUUUUGAAUAAACCUAGUUAUAUUUAAAAAAAAAAAACAUAUCCAACCUAAAUUUCUAAUGUAUAUACGCUUUAACCCAUAUAUUUGUAUUCAUUCAACAUUUGAUGAUAAUAAUAAUAAUAAUAAUAAUAUAUGUCUUAACAAUUUAGAUAUAUAAAUAUGGUAUUUAUUUUAAAAAUAAAAUAUACGGUUGGGCACGACUAUAUUUUAUGCUUAAAAUAUUAAGUUAGAAAUUUAUAGCAGUUCUUUUAGAGGGUAAAAUAUUAUUUUUGUAUUUUCGUCUCUUGGUAUGCGUUAAUAAUUGUUUACAUUACAGAAAUACGCAUUAAAAUAUUCUAUCCAGAAUAAAUAAUGGUACCUAUGAUGGUAUUUUAAAUUGGCAGUCUCGGUAUUUUUUCGUGGUCAAUUAAUUUUAAUAUUUAAAAUAUAUUUCAAAAGUUUAGAUUAUUGUAAUAUUUAUUUUUACAUUUGCACUCAAAGAAAUCAAUGAAUAUAAAGGUUUUAACUAAUAUUUUUUUUAAAUUGUUCAGUAGUAUGAUUUUAAAAAAUAAAUUAUAAAAUUUAUUGGAAAAUGUUUGAUGUUAAAGCAAAACAUUUACAUUAUGAAUGAAUGAAUAGGUUUUAAUAGGCGUUAACUGUUAACAUACUAUAACACCAUUAAGGUAUCAACAAACAAAAAAUACAAGUUACCUAUGUAAUAUAAUAGUAUAUAAUAGUACCACUUAAAUGUCUCCAAAAAUAAAUAUUGUUUUGUUCAAACAUUUUUCGUACAUUUUAAGAAAUAACUUAACAUUAUCAGCAAUACAUAGAAAUGUACAAUUCAGAGGGACACUUGAGACACUAUUAACGAAUAGUAAAAAUAAGACUGAAGAUAAGUGCCCACAUUGAAGACACUAGAUGUAGCUGUAAAAAUACGAGACUUAGAGCCAGGAAACUUAAUUCAUUCAUUGAGGCCAUGUAGGAUAACAUUAUGAUUAUAAUAAUUAUUAUUAUAAUGAUGAUAACAUGUAGGAUCAAAUUUAAUCAAAUGGUGGAUGGCCGAACCCAAGUGCCUCCAGUAGGGCUUCAUGAUUCAUAGAAUCGAAUGCUUUGGCAAAAUAUCUAUGUUAAUUAUGCCCACUUGGGAGUCACAAUUGAAAGCUUCAUAAAUAUAUUUACAGAUUAUAACUUUACAAGUUACAGUUCAGCGCCCAGGACAGAAGCGGUGUUGCUCAUCGAUCAAUAGUAAAUUUAAAACAAAUAGAUAUCAAAGAAUAAACAUCGAUAAUUAUUAUUAUUUGACGUAAGAAUCUAGAUUUUUUUUUAUCUAUAAAUCUAAAUUUAUGUUGUUACCACAGUGAUUCGUUCGACUUACUGUAUUACAUUCGAUAAGUAAUAAAAUCUUUUCGAUUUAUUUCAAGAAUACCGAUUGCAUGUCAUAUACGAUUAAAAUUAGUGACAGUCGAUAAAAUCAAUGAUUUUUAUAUCACGUGAUUUCAAGAAUUGGCCCCCACAAGUCAUAUAUUGACAGACAAGUCUGUUGCCGCGGACACGGUGAAUGCAUCAAACUGCACGACAUCGACACGCCGCUGUCGUCUUUGUGUACACGGUUUUUAUUAUUUACAUAAUUUGCCAAUCCUAUAGCGCCUAGGGUGUUUUUUCUUUAAACUGAAUUAUGCUUUAUUUUAACUCUAAAUGAAAAAUGUAUGAUAAUUUAAAAAUGUGUUUAUAAAACACAGUAUGAAAAAUUUCAAUUGAAGGAAAUACCUAUUAAAUACAAACACAUAUCGCAAAAUGUAUUCUAUAGAAAAAAAUGUCUAUAGCUACUUAUGUCGUCUAUAGAUACCGAUGUAUGAUUAAUCUCGAUUAAUCGUAGAAAGUUAGAUUUGUUUAUUGUUCAAUAAGAUGUCUAUUAACUUAUUUAAUACGCCAUUGGACUGUUGUACAAGUGACUCAAUCAGUACACCUUUUUGACGGAGUGUUAAUACUUUUAUCCAGUGACCCUUUCAUUCAUAAACGUGUAAUUUUUAAUAUUUUAUUACAUAUAUAAAGACAAUAAGAAAAUACAUGUGAAUAUGUAAUUCAUACAUUUUAAUACUUUUUAAAAUUUAAAAUUCUUUAAAAUUUCUGUGAUACGUUAUUUUUUUUAUCUCGAAUAAUUUUUUCUCAGUAUAUUUUACACAUUUCACUUAUAUUGACAGAAAAUUGAUACUGAAUGGUAGACAGUACAGUUCACAUCGGGACUGUAUUAAAAACCGUUAGAUACCUUCAAAAAAAUUCGCAUUGAUCAAAAUUCAGUUUUUAGUAACUAUUAUAAUAAUUUUAAGAUUAACAUUGUAAAAGCAAAAGUACUGUACAUUUUUUAUUUAUUGCGUUUGUUAUUUUUCGACUGCGAUUUUAAUGCAAUAUAUUUUCAAAUAUGACAUUUGUAUAUAAUUUAUAACGUAUAUAUUGGUUUUUUUCUCUAUAGAUAGGACAACGUGAUUUGUGUGGUCUCAUUAAACCGCCCCUCAAAGUGUUUAACAAUAAUCCUAUACAAAAAAAAAAAAAAAUACAAUUUUUAAUUUUGAAUAACUAAUAUCGGUAGGUAUUCAUACAGUUUAUUUUAUUUGCUCAGAGUAUAAGUAUAAUAUUUGCAUUUAAUAAACAAUUUUACAUGUAAUUGCAUUUAUUUUUAGUUUUUACUGCUAUGAUUUCGUAUCACCGGGACAUCGAAUUGAAAAAUUUGAAAAUUAUUUGACAACUUGCUUAUCUAUAUUAAGUUACCAUUUGAAAUUUGUUUAAGAACGUAUUCUGUCUUAAAAAGUUUAAAUUUAAAAAACAAAACAUUGUAAUACUGAAAAUUCCCGCUUUCUAACCAGAAUCUGAAAUUUGAUUUAGGGAAAAGACACUUUCUGCAAUGUAUAGACGUGCCUAGAAUUUCAUAGCAGCUGUUACUGAAUAUUAUCGACGGAACUAAUUUAAUAAUACAUUUUUUCCUUAAACAGUUUUCGGGGUAGCGUCUGGUAUUAUUAUAUAUCUAGGUGUAGUGUUAUCAUUGAUUUUGUCUUAAGAUGUCAAAUACUAAACAGCUAGUACUCCGCAAAGACAAAGACAAAAGCCGUGUUUAGAAAAUAUUUCAUAUAGAUUUAAGUACGAGGUUAUUUUUCAUUCACAGUUUUCCGGCUUUUAUAUUAAAAGAUAAUAUAUAUUUCUAUAGCACGUUGUAUAACUCGCUGUAUUAUAUCGCACAAAACAUUUAAUUAUAAAAUAAAUAUAAUAAAUCGGUUAACCUUUUUAUUUUAUUAUUAUUAAAUUAUAAUGUAAUAGUAAAAUAAUGUUUUAUAAGAAUCACAUAUAAGGUUUUUUAUCCCCCCACCAUGUAAAAAUUAAAAACAUUCAAAAGUAUAAAAAUAAAUGGUUUCCGAAAAAAAAAGUAAAAAAUUUGAGUCCCGUACGGGGAUAUAAACUUUGGAUGCAAAAUAAGUUUUUCUAUAAUUAUUUCAUAAUAUUGUAAUAUAUCACAAAUUUAGGUAAUUUAUGAUAUAAACAAAAUUACCUUCUCCAUGAUUUACAAUUUGUUAAUAGAUUUGUUUGUUUAAAGUUACUUGUAUAUAUAUUGUAUAUACUUAAAUAAAUAUUAAUAAAAUUAAUAUCAGAAUCACUUUGAUAAAUAACUUGUUCACAUUACAGAAUAAUUGGAAAACGAAUCGAUUGUCCACGUGAAAACAAUUUGGAAGUUAAUCAACAGAGUUGCCAAGUUGUCGGUGAACAAACUACCACCGCUGUCAACAAUGCAGGGAAUUUAAAUUUAUUACGUGAUCAAGUAAUAAAGAUCAUGACGGAAACUUUGUGGAAACGGAUAUUAGACAAGAGUUUUAUCAAAGGUGUAUGUCAAAGAAGAUCCGUGUCAGAAUCACGACAACCUAGCCGGAUUGAAUCCACUUUGACUGUUUCGUCGAUACUGCCGACCAAUAGACCACCAAAUAUAGUAUUCAAAUCUCGUUCGCAUUUAAAAUCGCUUAAUCAAAACGAACUCGUAUAUCACGGACUAAGGUACGUAGAGUGAUUUUAAAUUUGUAUACAUUAUUUAUAGGUAGAUAGGUAGGUACGUAAAAAUAUAAGUUUUUACAAAACCGUUUUUCAUAAAUUUUACUAGAUUUUUGUUACUGGAAGUUUCUCGAAAACUUAUAAGAAUUUGCAAAAUGUACUUAUCUCGUAUGGGUAGUUAAUAUUUUCCGAUCUAUACAAGAUGUUCCACAGGAUGAUCAUUGCGAUAACUUGCCUUGGAAAAUAUUAACUUUUUUCGGAGUUCUUUUUUUUGAAAAUGUAAGAAACAAGUGGCUCUAAAAUGGUACAUUACCAUUAUUUGUUGUUAGUUUUGGAGGUGAACUAACAACCUACUUUUGAUUUUUAAAUGACAACCUAUAUUAAAAAUUCCAUAAAUAGACAGAAUAUUAGUUUAAAUACAUUUUGGUAUUGACAUUUUUGAUUUCCGUCAAUCCGCUGACGAGAUAUUCCACUUUUAAGUUUUAAUAGGGGGAGAGUAGUGGAGUAUCAUUUGUAUGGGGACACAGCGCAUGGAGUUUGAAUAUUACUCCACUACUCUCCUCCUACUUAUACCCAAAAGACAAAUACCUAUAUCUUAAAUUGUCAAAAAAAUAAAUGAAAAUACCGAAAAAACUUUAAAAAAGUUAUUACAAUGAUCAUAAUAUCUUCGUGGGACGCCCUAUUUAAAAAUUUCAAUGACAUUUCAAUGAAAUUGCUUUGUAAUAAUACAAGUAAAUUUAAUGCACCGAAAAAUAUAUGUAUGCAAUUUUAACUUUUUCCGUUUUUCGGUCUACACAUGUACCCCUAGAUAGGAUUAUGAAAAAAAAAUUAAAAACUGAUAGUAAUAAUUUUUGAAUUGUUUUUAUUUCUUUCAGUAACAGAAGUUAUAAUAAAAAACCAUGUUCCGAAACCAGCCCUAUUGUUUUACCACCUAUAGAAAUUCAUCAAAAGGUACCUAUAUUAUAUUAUCUAUAUUUUAUAAUAAUUAGUCUAGAGGCAAGGUUAUAAUUAAUUCAAGUACCUAAGAAUAUACAUUUAAACUUUUAAAUGAUUUUAGUUGUAUGAAAAUAUAAAAUAAUAAAAUGUGUUCUGCAUGUUUGUUAACUAGAGCCGAGAUUUUGAUGAAAUUUUCAUUAUUUUCUAGAGCUUUCUGUACGAUGCUCGUAUUUUUACUAAUUCGUUUCAUAUUGAUACUUUUAAAUGGAAAUACGAAUUUGCACUUUGUAUUUAUUUGGAUUUUAAAAAUUUUUAUUUUAUAAAGUCAUUUACUAAUAUAUUUUUUAAAAGCAUAUUAAGAAGUAAGAGACAUUUUUUUUGGCGCAUCAUUUAGAAUCUGUAGGGCAUAAAAUCAUUUGUGUGCGAUUUUAUUAAGCAUUGCAUUCUCAGCCCUAUUUAUAGCUCAACACGUGCCUAAAAUAUUAUAUAAAUACACGAGUACCAAUAGAAAUCGAUUUACGAAAAAAAUAAUAUUUUUAAUAUAUUGUGUUUCUCACAACAUAAUACACAAAUUAUGUGAAAUGUAAAUGUUAUGUUUAUACCACGGCGUACUGCAUAUAAUGACUUACCUAUAUAAAAUUGAAAUCCGUGAAAACAAUUUUAGUACAAUAUAAUUUACAUGACGGAAAUUAUUACUAAAUUGCACGGGUUUCGGUCAUUGGGACGGACCAUUCAAUCCCCGUUCAAACAGAAUAAUGAGAAUCGUUAAACUAUACUUAUACAAUAUAAAGGUAGGUAGGUAAAACAGUAAACUCAUUUUAAAGUAUUUGGCCGCUAUAAACGAAGUUAUACCUUCGACUCGUACAAAAUAAUAAUAUUUAUUGCUUGAAUAAGCACUGUUUUAUUUGAGGGAAAAUUGUAUUAGUGCCUGCGAGGAGUUACGAUAAUGUUAUAAACGAUUUACAAAACGCGAGUGUGAUUUCACUUUGUAAUGUUGUGUAAAAGUUCACCGGCCAAAAAUAAUUCGUAACCUAUAGAAAAUCAUCAAAUUAAUUAUUAUCGACAAUGCACUAUCUUAUGUAAUAUUAUAUAAUAUUUAUUUUGAAAAAAAAAACAAUUAUCGCGAAGGCUUGUGACGUUUAUAAAAAAAAAAUAGUAUUUAUUAUUUUUUAUACUUUAUAUUUUGCACCAUCACUAAUAUACAACUUGAUUAAUAAAUUUACUAGAAAUAUUAAAAAUGGGCGUUAUGAUAUUAUUGGUAUAUAUGUAUUUACAAUCGUGUAAUAUAAUUAGGUAGGUAACUACUUGGACUUUCAUAAUAUAAGUAUCGCUGACUAAUAUUUUUUGGAGGUCAUAUUUUUAUUAUGAUUUGUAUUUAACGAUUAUGUGUGGAACAUUAUAAUUAUUGGUGCCUAAAAUCGUACGGUUAUCAAUGCAUAGUUAUUUCAUAAUAACGCUAUGAAAAUAACGGCCUAUUUUUGUGUAUAAUGCCAAAUCUGUUGUGUGUAUGCGUGGUGUGGGGCGAGAUUCGAUGAUGCGUCCUAUGGUAUAGUUUGUAGCAAUCACAUUAGAUCGAAAGUCGAGUAAUCAAACUUGUUGGGUAUAAUUAGUUUUAAAGAAGACAGCACAUGGACCGUUUUGCGAUCUGAUAGUAUACAAAUUGUAAAAAAAAAAAAAAAACUAUCCCCCGAUUUAUUAUAAUAUAUGUAGGUACCAAUAUGAUAUUAUUUAUAGUAAGAGUAGUAAAAUCGAAAUAUUUCAGUGUAAUGUAGUAUCUAAUGUAUAACGAUCCCGUUGUGAAAUAAUACACACACAAUUAAUGACAAAAAAAAUUUCAUACCCGUUUUUUUUUUAAUCCGCUCAAAGUAGGUACCUGUAAUUAAUACUAUACAACAGGUUAGGUUCCGUGGUUCUGUAUCUGACGUUAUCGUGAUAUUAUCAGAUAAUAAUAAUAAUAAUAAUAACAUUAUAAUAGAUAGCUAGGUAUCUUAACAAAAGCACGCUUUCGGUCAAUAAUAUCGCGAUAAUAAUUGUAAUCAAUUUGUAAAAUACUACAAUUUUGUUUACAAUAUUAUUACACACCUACGUACAUAUUUUUUUAUCUUUAACCUUGCACAACUAACAUAUUAUUAAAAUACACGAGUUGGUACCUAUACCUGCUAUAUGCAUGCACGUGUAUAUUAUUGAAUAGUCACAAUAAGUCCAUCGUGGUAUCAUUUGUACAAUAAUCGAAUCACAGACGGUUUCACGACAUUAAUAUCAAUCAAAACGUACCUACAUAAUAAUAAUAAUAAUAAUAACACGUAUAUAAUGUAAUACACUGUAUAUACUCGCCAAUUACGCGUUACACAGAAUAUAAUAGCCAUAUAUUUUUAAUGGUUUCCUGCAGUACCUACUUAUAGGUAAGUCGUUUUCCAUUGGUUUGAACGACCCGAAGCAAAUCCGUGUUUAUCGAUUAUAUGUCAGAACUGUACAUAAAGUUCCCCCGUAGUACUGCACGAUUGAAAUAUCAAAAAUACGAGCUAUACAUUUUUAAUAAUAAUAACAGAAAUCUCGAUGAGUAACAUGUUACGUGAAAUAAUUAUACGUCUAUAACUAUUUAAUGAUUUUUUUUUGAAAGCAAUAAAGCCACAUACAUAACACCAUGGGUGUUUUGAACACUAUUGUAGGGUAAUAAAUUAUAAUGAAUUCAACGAUGUGAACCGUUGCAAACAAAAACUGAUUAUGAAUGAAGCUCGGUUGAAUAUUUUUGUUGAAAUUUUAAUUGAAAACUCUACCUAUUGAUUUUCAGCUACAACAUGCUUUACAAUUUAUUGUAUUUUCAGCAAAAUUUAUCGAAACGUAAAACUUUAACUAGUAACAAUAAUAAUUAGGCACUCAAUAUUCAUAAUAAACCGUUCAAAUUUAUCAAAUGUAUUCCAUGGAUAAAUGAAUAAAAAAUUGCUAAAAAUAAUCAACUCAAAAAGAGCAAUAAUUUUCUAGAAAUUUGAUUAUAUUGACGCUAAUAUCAAUAUUUAGUGAAAAUAUUAGGUAUAAAUUAGAUAUAUAAGAUAUAUUAGGUUCUUAGUAUUGUUAAGUAAAAUUUCUUGUUUUUCUUCAGUUAUUUAAUGUUUCCUCAAAAAAAAAAAACUCGCCCUAACACUCCAACUAAAUUCCAAAUUCUACAAAUUGCACAAUUUACAUAUCGUACUUAAAAUUACAAAGAAAUGUCUGUAUAAGUUUAAUAUAAAUAUGCAACUAUAUACACGUGUAUUACGUAUAAUUCGUAAAAAGUAUCUCAAAUUUCUCGGAAGUUUGGCAAAAAAACACAAUUCAUAUAAUUUUAUAAUACAAUAUAUGACAAUGCAAUAUAAAUCUUUUAUAGCCUUUUAGAACGCCAUAUUUAGAUUAGGCAAUUUUGUGAUUUAACAAUGUUCAAAAUUAAAUUUUUUAUACUAAAACCUACGAGUAUUGACUUAAACCCUUCUUAUCUAGGAGCCUGGGUCCAAAAAUAUUGUAUAAAAAUACUAUAGUUAUAAUAUUAUAUUUGUGGUGUUUGCAGAAACCAGUGGACAAGACAAAACGAUGGUUUUCGGCCAUCGGCACUCCCGGAAGAAAUUGCAACCCACCAAGACCCGUGACUUCGGUUAGUACGCACAUCGACACCGCGGUAAAUUCAUUCGGACCGUUUCCGCCCGUAAUAUUAUAAUAAUGAUACAUAUAUUGUUAAUAAAAAAACAGUGUUCCGGACGAAAAACGCUUUUACAGAUUGACGUGUGCUUCAACAUAUCCAUCGCCGGCAAGGGUAUUUUAAGCAGUAAGAAGAACUCGAAGAAAAAAGGAUACUGUUCGCCGUCGUAGGGAGGCAAGUCCAUUCGUUGUGCUCAUUGUUGGUAUUGAUAUUGGAAAAUUGCGGCCCAUUCCCUAAAUCAAGUACGAGAUGCGGCCCGGGGUUUUACGUACGAAUUGCGACCACAUAAUAAUUACCACUUCAUAUGAGCUUACUAUACAGCGUUACCAAGGAGACACAACAGGGAUGUUGGCCUGUUCAGUCUCCUAAAAAUGCUAUAUUAUUCUUUUCUUUUUAAGUAAUAUUUCCGGUUAGCGCUAACCAACG